AUGAGCGCUCUUCGGUGUGGGCAUGUAUUUCAUUUGAAAUGUAUCAAAUACUGGUUAAAUGAACAAGAAACAUGUCCCGAGUGCCGUAAGCCAACAAAACUUGAUGAAAUAUUUUCGUCAUUUUACUUUCACGAUGAUGAGGAUAGCAAAAGUACGUCAGAUUCAUAUACGGAAAGUAGCAGCUCGAACGAUUCGCGGGAUAUGGCUGAUUACAAUAAUUUAAUAGAGGAGGUACUCACUUCUGCCUUCUUUUAA